CUCUUUGACAUCUGAAGGCUCGUGCCAAUUCUUCCCCCUAAACACGCCAACUUCUAGCAGUAAACAACACAUCGUUUCUUCCUCCUUCCCUUUUGCUCUCUCGUCAACUCCUCAUCUCGAGAUAUACGCAAACAACCAACUCUAGCAACCAUGUCGUGGCAAGCCUACGUUGACUCCAGCCUUGUUAAUAGCGGCCAUCUUGAUAAGGCCGCCAUCAUCAGCGCUGCCGGUGACAGCGUAUGGGCCACCUCCGCUGGGUUUACGGUUCAACCCGCCGAGAUGAAGAACCUUGCCGAAAUCGUAUCCGGGUCGAAAGCUGCCGUUGAUAAGGCCUACGCGGACGGCCUCCACGUCGGAGGUGAGCGAUACGUUGCCACCAAAAUUGAGGAUCGAAGUGUCUAUGCACGACAGGGUCGAACGGGUGUUGUAGUCGUCAAAACGAAGCAAGCGAUCCUAAUCGGCCACUACGGCGAGACGCACAUUGCCGGAAACGCGGCCCAGACCACCGAAGCGCUCGCGGACUACCUUAUCAAGGUCGGAUACUAGACGCGGUAUUUAUUGAGGAUAGCGGAUGCCGCGUUGAGGGGUUGUAGACGGGCGUGGCGUGUGGAUAACGCCAGACUGGACUAGGAGCGAUGCCUGCUGUUCUGGGACUGCAGAGCAAAGGGGGGGAGAGUAUAGC